AGUUGAGUAGUUUAUUUUCCAAAUUUCUCUUUUUUGCUUGGCAUCACGGAUGGCAUUUCGGUCUUUGAAGUAGUAAAUAAAAACGUGAAUAAAGUGAAGCUAAUAUCAAAAUUCCAAAAUGUCCGACAUUGAAGUGGAAGGCACCAACAGAGGUGGUGAAAUGGAUGUAAAUACUGCCCUGCAGGAAGUCCUGAAGAUUGCCCUAACACAUGGUAGACUAUCACGAGGUCUGCAUGAAGCAGCAAAAUCCCUUGACAAGAGACAGGCACUUCUCUGUGUGUUGGCGACGAACUGUGAUGAACCUCUCUAUGUCAAGCUUGUUGAGGCUCUCUGUGCGGAACAUCAGAUCAAUCUGCUUAAAGUUGAUAGUAACAAAAAAUUGGGAGAAUGGGCUGGUUUAUGCACUUUUGACAAAGAAGGAAAGGCAAGGAAAGUAGUUGGUUGCAGUUGUGUGGUUGUUGUGGAUUAUGGAAAAGAAACUCAAGCACAUGAUGUUCUAACUGAUUAUUUUAAGUCCAAACGAGCAUGAUGUAAAUAAAAGUAAUUAUUAACAAA